UUUGUGUUUGUUUUCUUCAUUUGAGAAUGGCGACUGCUGCGUGCGGUGCGCACAGCACGUUAAGCACCAACACAGGCAAGGCGAGUAAAGAGCAUCUGCGGAAAAGUAGAGACACACGCAGGAGACAAGCAGCCCUCCUCUUCCUCAACAACAUCUCCCUUGACGGACGGCCAGUGUACCAAGUGAGCAAUGGUAACCCCAGCCACGGAGACAAUGAGUGUCAAGCCGUGAACACCGGUGCAACGGCCAGGCUGUCCACAACGAGCAGCUAUGGAACCUUUGCCAAUCUGUCACACUCUGUGAGCGGGAGCAUAGCCACUCCUGUCCCGAGGAUCGGGGUUAUCAACGUCCCCCCGAUUCUGGUCCUACCAACAGACUCAGGGUUCAAUGCUGUUGGGACGAGUGAGGUCUUUUUGGAAAGGGGAAGGGUCGGGUCUCUCUCUUCCCAGGGAAACCUCCUUUCCCCAACUGGACAUCAGACUCCGUUUGGAGCAAGGAAAUCACCGACCCUGCUUUCUGUUGAGAGUUGCAACUCGAUGACUUUGGAUUCUCGACAGAGGUCACGUAGCGCGUCAUGCUCCCCCAGGCCCCGUCCGGUCAAGAAGGUUCACUUCAUCAAGAACAUGAGGCAGUACGACACGCGUGGCAGCAGGAUCGUGCUGAUAUGUGCCAAAAGGUCUCUGUGUGCUGCGUUCUCAGUCCUGCCAUAUGGGGAAGGUUUCUACAUCAGUGAGCCAAAGUUGGAUACUCACAGACACAGGCGCUCCUCCGCUGGGACCGCCAGCCUGGAGAUGCUACCCGGGCUGGAGGACGUGGAGCUGGGGGCCUAUGGCAGGACCGUGUCCUACGCCAGGUUCCUCUACCCCACCAACGCCCUGGUGAAGCAGAAGAAUGCGCCGGUGGACAUCACCAUUCAGAUGCCCAUUUCGCACAACAGCAUCCCAAGGAACUACACCCCCUCCAGGCUCAACAGUACUGUCGGCCUCGACUUGGGUGUGGAUGAUCCCUCAGAGUACGACCCCAACAUGCUAAACGACCCCCAGUGGCCCUGUGGCAAACACAAGAGGGUCCUUAUCUUCGCUUCCUAUAUGACAACUGUGAUAGAAUAUGUGAAACCGUCAGACCUGAAGAAGGACAUGAACGAGACAUUCAAAGAAAAGUUUCCACACAUUAAGCUGACACUGAGCAAGAUAAGAAGCCUGAAGAGGGAGAUGCGCAUGGUCAGCGAGGAGUGUGGCCUGCAGCCGGUCACGAUGGCGAUGGCCUUUGUGUACUUUGAGAAGCUCGUGCUCCAGGGGCGGCUGAACAAGCACAACCGAAAGCUGGUGUCUGCAGCCUGCGUGCUGCUGGCAGCCAAGAUCAGCAGCGACCUGAAGAAGCAGGAGGUCAAACUGCUCAUCGACAAAUUGGAGGAGCGCUUCCGAAUAAACCGCCGCGAGCUGAUCUCGUUCGAGUUCACCAUCCUGGUCGCUCUGGAGAUGGCGCUCUACCUCCCCGAGAGCCUGGUGAUGCCACACUACCGCCGGCUGGUGCAGCAGCCCUAAGGGGUGGACCGCGGCGCGGCCUGAACGCAGGGAGAAACCGUCACGACACGGUCAGAAGUGCAUCACAACCAACAGGAGGGGACACUGCACCAGAGAGACGGAGAGAGCGGGACGGAGAAACAUCCCAGACAGCUUACUCAAGCCCAGGAGAGACAGCGGCUUGCAUACGACUAAGUACAGCUCCAAGUAUUCUUAUCAUUCAAAUUAUUAUUUUAAGGAUGUCUCUUUGUGAGCCCACUUUAACCAGUGGGUUAAGACUUUGUACAAACACAAUUAUAACCGACACAGCACAAUCCCAAUGAGAUAGCGGUGAUGCUGAGCUGUGUGUUUUAGUCUUACAUAACUGCCCGCUAAGCUGCAGCUUAUGCAAAACAGUCUGAUGCCGUGGCCCCCUUUUUCUGUCACAUCCCUGUGGAUGACCUGUUUUUACUGGUGUAAAGGCACGCUGAUGCUCCAUAUGAAGGCCACCGUACAGCUGGCUUAUUACAUGUGGAGCGACUUCAGGUCUUCAGACAGUAAACCCUCUGUUGACCAUAAUUGCACAUUUUUAUGAAAUACGAAGAAUGAAUUAGGGUUUUGCUCUCAAUCUGUUCGAAGAUUAAGAUAACCUGGUAUUACACCCUGAAAAGCCCCUCCCCGCCCGCAUUUUUGAUUAAAAAGUGUUUUGGAAGGAAGUGUUUUGUCUCAGCUUCUAGAAUGUAAGUGCUGUUUGACUUGGAUACUGAGGGAGGAACAUUUCUGUUCACAUUUAACCAAAAACAUUUCCACAUUUUGCUUUUCAACUUUGCUAUUUAUUCAUAAGGGAUGCACUUAAUCAAAAUAUUUUUUCUUUUUUCUUUUGUCUUUCAUUGUAUUUGGUCUAUCAUGCUGUCAUACAUUACCUGUAGAUUUAAUGCAUUAUAUGUCUGGGACAAAGCACUGGUAGAAGUAAGGUAUUAUUGUACACCCAUUGUAAGAUUAACUGUGUGUUUUUCUUUUAUAAAUAUAUACGCAUAUAUGCUUGUUCUUCCAAAUUAUGCUCUGAGGUAAUGUAGCACUAAGGUGAUCGUCCAGUUAAGCACACUCUAUGUUAGAGAUCGCAAUAAUAAGCACGUUUAUUGUGCUAUUGUAUUAUGACUUCUUCCUCUCCAUAGGUAGUCUUUUUUGUCAGUAAAUGUGUGUGCCACUGUCUUCCCCUUUGACUUGAAUGUUUAUGCAUUUCCUCUCGGAUUUAUAUUUAAAUAAGCACAAAACAGUGUACUUUUUACUGAAAAGAGACUUACGUCUUUAAUACUGAAAUUUAGGCAAAAAGGGAUAGUAGUCAACAUGUCUGUAUUGUUCCAUUUGCCACAUAUAUAGAUAGUUGUCUAUGGAUUGGUGCCACUGUCAGCAUGAUAUCCCUUGGCUAGAAAGUGGGGGAAAUGUGCAUUACAUGAAAAGUAGAAAGGGAUACAUGUAUAGUCUGUGCCCUGUUGUCCUGUUGUGUGUCCUAUGCAUGUACUUUUACUAAUAUGGUGCAGAUUCAGAAUUACACAAUAACUCUUUAUUUUGCCAUGUGUUGUCAGUGUACAGAAAAUAAGCCUUUUCUAUUACAGAAUUCCUGUUGAGAAUCUUUUUUGUGAAGCAUUACUCCUAUAGACAUAUUGUGAGUUUUACAAUCUAGAACCACAUUCAAGUCACUUGCACUUUAUUUGCAGUGUGGUCUGUGUUUUACAGUACUUUAGUGUAUGUAUUUUCGUGCGUUAGUAGCACCCCUGCCAGUGUUGCUUAGUUAUUUUAAAAGGGAUGUUGAAAAUGACAUUGCAUUAAACAUUGUGCUAUUGAUAAAUGUGCCACCUUGUGGUGAGAACUGCAAUAAGCAUGUAAAGUUUCUUAGGAGAAGACAUACACUUUUCAUCCAUUAUAUUUUUGUGUUCUCUCAGGAAAUAUUUAUCAACAAUACAAACCUUUUAUUUUCACCUUUUUUACUAAUUUUGUUGAAAAAAAAGUCUGUCUGCAUUGUCUUUGUUUAUUCAUAGUGAAGCUGAUUGGUCUUGGUUAAUUGUAAGGAUACAGUGCUGUUCAGCAAGUUGUAACCCUAAAUGGGAAGUACUGUACUGUAAACUACCUAACUUAAACCACCCUAAAUAAGAGGAGGGACGUCAUCAGCAGAAACAAAUGGCAAAUUUCAAAGUCAGGGCUGCAUAGAUUGCCAUAAUGCUGGCUGCAUAGGACAACCAACCAGACAGUGGAAAUAAUUCCAGAUUAAUACGCUAUAGCUGAAAUCACGUGAUCAAACCUUGCUCAGUGUUGAAAUUGAAUUAUAUGAAGGAAUUGUUUGUCAACUAGUUUGUGUUGCGAGGUUUGUAACUUUGAUCCCUCUCUGCAGGAGACUGACUUCUGCAGCCACCUCUAUUCAGUUUUCUUUUUUUAAUAUAAAAAGAGGCCCUGUCAGCUAUCAAGUCUGGGAAAAGCUGACAAACUGUCUCAGUGGUUUGGACUGUGGGGGGAACUGCAUUCUGGGAAGGGCCCUUCCAGACCCCACUGAAUCAUGAGAGGAAAGAAAAGGAUACACAAAUAACUCAUGCUGGGGGAAUUUUGUUGCUUGACGUCCUAAAAUAGUGACUAAAAGAUGCGUAAUGUGUUUUUAUUGACUUGUAUUUUUGGUUUUCUCCUAUUUUCACGGCACGCUGCAACUACACACACAGAGUGCAUUACAGUACAAAGUGCCUGAAACAAAAGAAGCACAGUUUUGUCUGUGCUGAAUUAUUGAUUCAGUCAGGUCAUGGUGCCAAUUCUCUCAUCUGUUCUGUUUCACUUCGCUUAAGGUCUUGGCUGGGAACCGAUGCUGGCAGGAAACAUGAUAUUUAGCUGCCUGCAUUGUGACACUGUGACUUUCUUUUGACCAAAGCUUUGACACUCCAGCACCUCCGGUGCUGCCUAUGGCAGAGGUAAAAUGGGGGAAAGAUCAGAUUGAUUUUGCUGGGUAACACCGACUCUAGCAUGAGUUAAAUGAUUGAACAUCUUUUUUCUUGUCGUUAUACAAACAGUCCCACCCAAAUUCUGCUGGCUGUUUUUUUGUGUUCUGUGAAGUGAAUAGUAAUGCUGCUGUACAAUAUGAAGCCCUCACUUGACAAGUGAGAAAUAUACGGUUUCUGUUUGAUAAAAGGCUUUCCCAUUUGUUUCCGUUUCCACCAUUGUCGUUGCUCUUAUUAUUUCCGUGUCCUAUGCAUUUUUAAUCCAAUACCUCAUGUAUUUUCGGGGGCCAUUGUUCAUUCUUUCCAUAAUGUUGUAGAAUGCAGCUCUGCCAAUCAUGACUUACUUCAUUGUACCGGUGUGAAUAAACCUAUUUUAGAUUUUUAUAAAAAUCACUGAGAAGAAAAAAAUAAAAUAUA